UAUAUAGAAAGGUACCCACUCCACUCUAGUGUUUGCACAUGGCUCUUCACUACUCUCUCAUUGUUUCUUUCACAUUCUGCAUUGUUUUCUGCUACUGUCAGUAUGGAUUCAGCUUGGAGAAACAAGCAGAGAAUGAUUUCAAGAAAUGGAUCUCAUGGAAUGUCCAGAAUCACAAGAGAUAUGUCAGUGUGAAACCGAGCUCUGUCUUUCUCCAUGGCCAAAGAUCUCUAGAUUCCAAGCUAGUGAAGGCAGAGGCAGCAAAGGUGAGAUACAUUGUGAGCCAGGAUGGUAAUGGUGACUUCAAGAGCAUUAGAGAAGCUAUAGACAGCAUUCAUUUGCAUAACACUAGAAGAGUCAUUCUUGACAUCAGACCAGGGAUGUACAGGGAGAAGAUUGUGAUUCCAAAGAGCAAGCCCUACAUCACCUUUGUUGGAAGCUCUGGUGAUCCACCAAUCAUUACCGGAAACGAUACUGCAGCUACAAGGGGCAGCAAUGGCAUGCCACUGAAGACCUUCCACAGUGCAACAGUUGCUGUCAAUGCAAACUACUUUGUAGCUGCCAACAUAAGAUUUGAAAAUACUGCUCCAUAUCCAGAGGUUGGAGAGAGGGGAGGACAAGCAGUGGCUCUCCGCAUCUCCGGCGACAAGGCCGCUUUCUAUAACUGCAGUUUCUAUCGUACUCAAGAUACUCUUUAUGACCACAAAGGCCUCCAUUACUUCAACAACUGCUUCAUCCAAGGCUCUCUUGAUUUCAUCUUUGGAAAUGGCAGAUCACUCUAUCAGGACUGCUACCUAAACUCAAUAGCAAAAAGAGUAGCAUCAGUGACUGCUCAGAAGGGGAACACAGCCACCAUGGACAGUGGCUUCUCCUUCACCAAGAGCACCAUUGCAGGCAGUGGCCUGGUCUACUUGGGCAGAGCCUGGGGAGACCAUUCAAGAGUUGUCUUCUCCUACACAUUCAUGGACAAUGUGGUCAUACCUCAAGGUUGGAACAAAUGGCACGUUCAAAGACCAGAAGAGAGUGGCAUAUAUUACGGUGAAUAUCAAUGCAGUGGUCCUGGGGCUAAUUGGACCGGAAGGGUUCAUUGGGCUCAUCUAUUGACUGACGAAGAGGCUCAACCUUUUCUUGGCACAUAUUAUGUAGAGGGAGAUUCAUGGCUCUUAUAUCCACCAUCAUAUAUUUUCUAAUUAUUAUUACCAUUUGUAUUCCGUAUUGUGUGCCAACAACUCUUUCUAUAAUAAUAAUAAAA